GAAGAGAGGAAAGAUUGAAUCCUCCAAGCUGGAGUCAAAUCAAGUCAUUAGGAGUAGGAGGAGCCAGAGCCAGGUUCCCACACCUUUAUGUUUGCUGAUCAGACAAUAGGCAGCACUGCUCUCUGAAUAAACACCAAAAAUCCAGGUUUUUGUGUGAUAAGCUGUAAUGGGGUUCAGAGAGGUGGUUUUAUCAGGGUUUGUGCUUCUCCUCUCUGGUGGAAAUGUUUGUGUUGCAACACGGAAAUGUUCACACACCAAUGAGACGGUGAACCAAACGUCGCAAGAACCGCAGACAGCAGAUCAUCAGUCAGACCUGACGGAGCAUGUAGAUCCAGAACGUUCUCCUGUCACAUACCGGCUCAAGGUCUACCAGCUCAGGAACUCUUCUGCCAGCAAACCGCCUCGGCCUCGUUCUCAAAACCAGCAGAGCUCUGGAGCCACAGAGCUGACCUCGGAGCAGCUGGAGCUAGAGGUGACUGUGCAAGCUGAGGAGUUUGUGAAGCUGCUGUUUAAAGGCCCCGAUCUGAACCCAGCUUUCAAGCCACAAUCAAAGGUGCGGGCGCUUGUGAUAAAGCAGAGGGUGCCUGUGCCGGCCGACAGCAUCGCAGCGCGCUGUGGGGAAGGAGAGGUCACCGUAGAGGUCAAACAGAACUUCCUAGGAAACGGUCAGUUGAUCCGACCGAGUGAUCUGACCUUAGGGGGCUGCGCCGCAGUAGACGCCGCCAACCACAUCCUGCACUUCCAGACGGAGUUACAGGGGUGUGGCAGCACAGUGACGAUUACCGAAGAAGCCCUCAUCUACUCCUUUUAUCUGCUGUACUCUCCAACACCUAUUGGCAACACCUUUAUAUUGAAAACCAACCCUGCUGAGGUGGUAAUUGAAUGCCACUAUCAGAGGAGACAUUACGUGAGCAGUGCUGCCGUGAGGCCUACCUGGACGCUGUUCUCCGGCGCCAUGUUGACAGAACAGCAGCUGCACCUCUCCCUGCGUCUCAUGACAGAGGACUGGCAGUCGCAGAGGCCUUCCAGCGUUCACUUCCUGAGUGACAUGAUGCACAUCGAGGCGGCGGUCCUCCAGGGUCACCACGUCCCUCUGAGGGUCUACGUGGACAGCUGCGUGGCCACCGCGACCCCCGACCCCAACUCUCAGCCCAGAUACCCCUUCAUCAGCAACCAUGGGUGUUUGAGCGAUAUUGGGCCGGCAGGAGCCAAGUCUUACUUCAUGCAGAGGAGCCAGGAGGAUAAACUUCAUUUCCAGCUGAAAGCCUUCCAGCAAGAUCACAGGAAUUCGCUCUACAUCACAUGUCACAUGAAGGCAACAAAAGCCUCCGUUCCCAUCGACUCGCAGCACAAAGCGUGUUCCUACCUGACUGAAGCGAACAGAUGGGUGGCAUCGGGUGGAGACAAUAAGGUGUGUGGCUGCUGUGAGAGGAGCAGCUGCAGCGAGCCGAGGUGGAAACGAAGCCUUGCAGCAGAUGCAGGCCUGGUGCAGUGGGAGGAGGGGGCGGCUCUGGGCCCCGUCCUGCUGCAGGAGAACAUCCUAACCCAGAAGCUGACAGCGCUCCAAGUACAGGAAGUGACUGGAGCAGCCUCCUAUACGUCCCUGGCCCUGCUGUGUGGGGUGGGGGCCGCGCUGGCUGUGGUGCUGCUGCUCCUCAUGGGUGCUAUCAUCUGCAGCAGACAAAACAAACCCUCUGGACACUUUGUUAGUACCUGAUUAAGACAUAAAAAAUGUAUAACAAAGCUCUACGCUUCCUUUAUUCUUUGCUCAGGAGAAAAACUGUUUUCCCCUAGCUACUGAUUUAAUAAUCCAUCUUGGAGUCAACACUUUUCCGGCUUUGAGAAUACUUUUUUAGUUAUUUUGCAUAUUUCUCUGCAGGGCUUGGCUGUAUUUGGUUGCAUCUGUACAGUGUGUUCCAUGCUACACUCUAGGUUAAGUGUUAUGAGCUUGCCGGGGUUAAAAGGGGUUAAGCUGUAGAGUCCAGCCCUGCAGAAAUGACCCGCUCAUAAAAUGUAUGCUGUGUACACACUGCUGUGUAUAUUGCUCUAUCAAUCAGCAGGCUUUUAUACCAAGCAGGGUUUUACACGGUUUGGAGACAUGCAAUAAAUGAAUACUUUACUUAA